AUGGCCGCCAAACAGCAAUCGAAAGAGCUCAAUUUGUUUGAGCAAGGACAAAAGCUUAUAGAGAAAGGUCAGAAGUUAUUGGUGCAAGGUCUCGAGAACGCAAGAAAAGAACAAGCAGCAAUCGAGGAAAUAACAAAAACAUUGAGUGUCGUUCACUUCUCUAGCACUGUCAAGCUAAAUGUUGGUGGUAGGAUUUAUAAAACAACUCUGGACACUUUGAGAAAGGAUCCAGAUUCCAUGCUGAGUGCGAUGUUUUCCGGAAGGUUCGAGUUAAAAGCUGACGAGGAAGAUGGAGCAUAUUUUAUUGAUCGUGACGGUGAACUCUUCAGGAUUGCAGAGUUAAUUGUUCAGAAAAUCGAAUUUGAAAAAGUUGUGCGUGGAAAUCCGUCUGAUAGUCAAGUUUAG